CCAUCCUCCCCUCCCUGUCAUUCCCUCGCUGCCUUUCCUUCCCCACUCACUCGUGGACCCACAGAGGCAGGAGCCGCUCUGGCUGGACAGCACUGAGCCUAGCGCAGGGUUUUGACUCCGCAUUGGUGAUGAGGAUGUGCCUUUGAGGCUGACCGCAGUUGUUUGGCGCAGCUUCCUCGGCCAGUACCGUACCAUUUUUUUUGUUCCGAGAAUGAAGAAGUGAACAAUCUUGUGGUCACAGUCAUGGCUGUCCAGGCUGGCAUCCAGGUUUGGUUUGGCGAGAAGUUUGACGCCCCGCUGCUGAGCCCCAGGAGCCCUCGCAGCCCGUUAGCACAGCGCCACGGCCCCGGCCUCGCCGACGUCUUCCAGUAUGACCAGUGGCUGGCCGUGCGACAUGAAGCCACCCUGGUGCCCAUGCAGGAGGAUCUGGCCAUCUGGCUCAGCGGCAUGCUGGGCGAGGAGGUCAGAGCCGAGUUUUUCAUGGACGAGCUGAAUAACGGCGUGAAGCUCUGCCAGCUCAUCGGCGUGCUGCAGACGAAGAUCGCCCAGAGCUGCCCCUCCGCACUCUGCAAGCUGUUCCCCACCAGGAAGAUUGCAUGUAAGCGCGACGCCUCUCCGGGUUCCUUCUUCGCUCGAGACAACACCGCCAACUUCCUGGCCUGGUGUCGCCACGCCGGCGUGGAGGAGACCUACCUGUUUGAGUCCGAAGGCCUCGUGCUGCACAAGGAGCCUCGGCAAGUUUGUCUCUGUCUCCUGGAGAUCGGCCGCAUCGUCUCCAAGUACGGCGUGGAGCCUCCUGUGCUGGUGAAGCUGGAGAAGGAGAUCGAGUUGGAGGAGACUCUGUUGAUGACGGAGGAGCCGCGGCCAGCCGUCAAAACCUUCAGCGUGUGCUGCCAGCACGGCGGCCUCUACCAGCCGGGGGAGCACGGCAUGGACGACCCACCCUGCAACUGUGCCAACAGAGUCUCCAUUGAGUACCUGUCUGAGGGACGCUACAGACUGGGAGACAAGACCCUCUUUAUUCGGAUGCUUCACGGGAAACACGUGAUGGUGCGCGUCGGCGGCGGCUGGGACACGCUGCGCGGUUUCCUGCUGAAGUACGACCCUCUGCGAGUGCUGCAGUUCACCACUCUGGAGCAGAAGAUCCUGGCCUUUCAGAAAGGCCCCCCCGGCCUGGGAGGUCACCGGAGCAACGCGGCUCCACCCCCUCCUCCUGACAUGGACCCCCUCGCCGCCGUCAACCAGCUCAUCUCCUCGUCGUCCUCCUCCUCUUCCUCCUCCACGUCGUCGUCGUCGUGUUCCUCUGCGACCGCCGCGGGUCAGGCGUGCCGGUCCUACACCGCCUCCCCGGCCUGCACGCCCACGCUGCCCAGGAAAGGUGCUGCCGCCGUGGCGCCCAGGAAGAACCUGCAGGGGGCGCCUCCUUCCCCCAGGAAGCCCACCCAGCUGCCCCUGCCCACCACCGCCACCCCCCCCACCACCACCAAAGGUUCCUCGUCUCUGCCCUCCACGCCUGUGGGAGGGUCCUCCAAACCGUCUCCCGGCCCGGGGUGUCGCAGAGCUCUGACUCCGUCCUCGGCUCCGCCACGUGCCCCCGCGGCGCCUCGCCCCGCCUCCAAACUGAAGCUGCGACCGUCCCCGCGGGGGGGCGCGGCCCCUCAGCCCAGGAGCCCCGUCUGCCCCGAGCCGUCUUCCAAAUGCCCCAAACCCUCCAGCCCCUGCGCCGCCUCCGUGCCUCGCCCCGCCACCGCACCGGCACGAGCCCCCGCCUCGAAGGACGCCCGGCCCCCGUCCGGCGCCAGCCAGCGCGCUCGCCUACGCGCAAGCGCCGUCCCGGCUCCCCGGCCUCGCGCCUCCGUCUAGAGGCCGCCAGGCGGGUGCGGACGGCCGCGGACCGCAGCGACCCCGACUGGCCAAACCCGGGCCCGGACCCCCGCCCCCAGCUCACGGACAGCCUCCCCGCUGCCCAAACCUACCGGCUCCCUGCCGAAG